CCGAUCGACUAAGAAAGUCUGUCAAGUUUUAUUUAAUGCACGAAAUAUUGUAAAACCUUUCAAAAAGUCUUAGCUACUAUUGUGUUAUUGGAAUGCCUAUAUAUUGUGAAUUAGGCGCCUGAAAUCUAACAGAUGCAAAAAUAAAAUGGCGUUGACCGGCAAACAAGAAGGAUUGAUACACGUGCCUUGGUCAUCUACGGAGGAAUGGCAUCGUGUUUACAAGAAAAUUUAUUCUGGCGACAUUACCGAGCAAAUAGAAGCUCACGAAAUUUUACUCGUUUGGAAAGCCAGAAUACCAAAGUUACCAGUCGGUGUAGAAUGCACUCUUGGUUUGAUUCAAGUUUGCCUCCGUGAUCAAGAAUGGAUUCCAAAAAUUACUAACGGUGAAAUGCCUAAUUCUUAUGAAAACGAUUUGCGUAUGAUGUACUCCACUGCGAUUAUGAAAUUUCUUAAUCACAUUUCAAAUAUUGCCCACAAAAAACAGACUUCUUUAUUUCUUAUUGCCAAGCAAUUGAAUAUUCCUGAAUGGAUUGUUGACCUCCGACAUGACACUGCUCAUGGCCAUGAAUUACCAUCCAUUGAUGUUAUGCGCAUUGUUGCAAAUAUUUUACUGGCAUGGCUACAUGAAGAGUAUUGGGCUGCAGAAGCAAAUAAUUUACAAACAUCAGAAUUAGAUGAUUCAGAGGCUAGUGAAACUGAAUCGCAAAAAACAUUGAUUGAUUUAUUUGAGUUGUGGACAGCUGUCAGUUUAUAUAUCAAAGUUCAAUAUGCCUAUGUGUCAGAUCUUCCAGAUGCAGAAAUGAGGAAGACAAUUGAAAAUGUUGUAAAUAAAACAAAUAGCAAAGUAAUGAACAAUAAAAUGAAACUUACGUCAGUAUUAAACACUUUACUACUAGAACUAUCAAAAAGUCUCAGUAAAGAUGAUACUUAUUCACGAAAAGGAAGAUCUUUUAUAGAUUCAGUUUUAAAUAAUGAAGCAUUUUUAACAAGUUCAGAAAUUUUAUUUCUCUUUACGGAAGAAUCAAAUGCAACAGUGAAAAAUUGUUUACCAAUCAAUUUAAUUGACUUUUGGGAAAAUAUUUUACUUUUGCUACAAGAAAAAAAGUUGUUAUUAUUACUUUUCUUGGAACUUAUUGAAUUGAUAAAAGACGAGAAAGAUCAAAAUAGAAAGCUGCUAGCAGCUUUGUGGGUGAAAACUUUAGCUCAAGCCUAUAAUAAACAAAAGAUAGCCAGAAGUAUCUACCAAACUCUGGAACAAGAUAUUGAUGACGUUGGAAAUUCAUUCUCUAACAAAGUUUUGAUUGACAAUGUUCACCAACAAGUCAAUAAAAGAUACCCAGAGUUAAGGAAUGUUUUUUCUUUGAAUAUACAUGGAGAGUUUCCGCAUUGUUUGACGGAAAAAUCUUUCGUGAAGAGGCUCAUUUUACAUUCUAAUGAAUUUUCUGAACAUUAUGUUCCUGAAAUCUUGAAAAUAUCGUCUUUUCUUAGCCAUGAUCCGAAUACUAAAGAUAAAAUAUUAGAACUUUUGAAAGUACAAUCAUAUUCUAAGCAGGAUAAAAUGGAAACUGCAAAUACGUGUGAUACUGAUCAAAUCUAUACUGUUACAAAUAUAAAAAAAAUUGAACAAAGAAAAUGUACGCGACAAAACACUGAACAUACAGAGCCGUGGGCAGAUCGUAAAAUUCGUAAUACCAAGUGGAAUAUUGCUGAUGCAAAUCAUGAUUGGAGCUUAUGCCCAAUUGGCACUUUACCGUGGAAAAUAAACGAUUUUCAACCAAUCGAACCGAUGACGGUGCCACAGUCUGACAUUCGCUAUGCUAUCAUUAGAAACACCGAAAUGCCAAAAAUUAUCGAUUCGAACAGGUUAAAAUUACACAGUAAAAUUCAAUGGGAAAAUAUAAUAAAGAAAAAAAAGCAAACAAAAAAGAAAUCAAUGCCGAGUGAAAUUACUGUUAUUAGUCGGGUAGUUGAAAAUGUCAAGAGUAUGCAAAACCAAAGCUAA